AGCAAAUACCUUUUGUUUCUCUCACGUUGGGGCUACUUGUUUUAGGGCGCAAAGGAGCGGCUUCGAAAGUGGUUAUUUCCCCUGCUGAGGUCCAGGAAUCCUCCCCCAGCCCGCGCGCGCGACCCGCCGGUGCGCCGCGGCCCGCGAUGGAGAAACUGAGGCUCUAGAAGGUUAACUUCCCACGUUAUCUAGUUAAUGUGUGGCAGAGCCAGAAUUUGCACCUGGACAGUCUGAGUCUAGAGCCUGUACCCCCGCAUACUGACCAGUCCUGCUGUUCACACACUACUCGCCUGUCUGCUUAAAGUUCGAGGACAAUCCUUCAUAUACAGAGUGUGUUUGACUUGGAAUCUUCCCUUUUUUACUCCACUCAAUUGACUUAGCAGGGUUUCAAGAGCAGCGUUCAUAAAUUUUCAGAAACCAGCUAGGCCAGCCAACUGUUCCCAGGAGGACGCUAUGAGACCAUGUUAACACAACCACCCUGGAAUUGGUUGACUCCUAGGCGUGUGAUUGGGCCCAGGCAAGAUCAGCAGAGCUCUCCUAACAAGUCCGCCCAGAUCAGCCAACACACAGGCAUAAUGGAGAUCUCCUCUCACCAGUCCCACCUCCUGCAGCAGCUGAACGAGCAGCGCAGGCAAGACGUCUUCUGUGACUGCAGCAUUCUGGUGGAAGGGAAGGUCUUCAAAGCGCAUCGAAAUGUAUUAUUUGCUAGCAGUGGUUAUUUCAAAAUGCUCCUUUCUCAGAAUUCGAAGGAGACGAGUCAGCCCACCACAGCUACCUUUCAGGCCUUCUCCCCUGACACUUUUACAGUCAUCCUGGACUUCGUCUAUUCUGGCAAACUCUCUCUCACGGGUCAGAACGUCAUAGAAGUGAUGUCAGCCGCCAGCUUCCUUCAGAUGACUGAUGUCAUUAGCGUAUGUAAGACCUUUAUUAAAUCUUCACUAGACAUCAGUGAGAAAGAAAAAGAUCGCUAUUUCAGUCUCUCCGAUAAAGAUGCCAAUUCUAACGGUAUAGAACGUUCCUCCUUUUAUAGCGGCGGCUGGCAAGAAGAAAGCGGUUCUCCACACUCUCACCUGAGCACAGAUCAAGGAACAGGUGUCAUAAGUGGGAAAUCUUGGAGUAAGUAUAAUUACCAUCCAGCCUCCCAAAGGAAUACUCAACAGCCUUUGGCCAAGCAUGAACAAAGGAAAGACUCCAUUAAAAAGUCCAAACAUUUGAGGCUGUCACAGCCUUCUGAAGUCGCUCAUUAUAAGUCCAGCAAACGAGAAGCACGAACCUCAGAUUCUUCCAGCCACAUUUCCCAAUCUGAAGAACACGCACAGAUUGAUGCUCACAUGGACUCCACGCCCGUUGGCUAUCCAUACGGUCCAGGAUCUGAUGUCACAUCCAGAAGCUUUCCAGAUGAUCUGCCCAGGAUGCGGUUCAAGUGUCCCUACUGCACCCACGUGGUGAAGCGGAAGGCAGACCUCAAGCGCCAUCUUCGCUGCCAUACAGGGGAAAGACCCUACCCGUGUCAAGCCUGUGGGAAGAGAUUUAGCAGGCUGGACCACCUCAGUAGCCAUUUCCGCACAAUUCACCAGGCAUGCAAAUUAAUCUGCAGGAAAUGCAAACGCCACGUGACUGAUCUAACAGGGCAAGUGGUCCAGGAAGGAACCAGGCGCUACAGACUCUGUAAUGAGUGCCUCGCUGAGGUGGGCAUAGACAGCCUCCCCAUUGAUCUGGACGCCGAACAGCAUCUUAUGUCCCCAUCAGAUGGAGAUAAAGAUUCCAGAUGGCACUUGAGUGAAGACGAGAACAGAUCGUACGUGGAGAUCGUAGAGGAUGGGUCUGCCGAUCUGGUCAUACAACAGGUUGACGAUAGUGAAGAAGAAGAAGAGAAGGAAAUAAAGCCCAACAUUAGGUAGCUAACGUGCGAACCAACAGAGCUAGCAUGUCUGCAACUUACGCUGACUUCCUGUAUCUCUCUCUUUCCGUGGUCAGAGUCUGGCUCACAAAGGCAUCAGACUGACAUUAAGGUGAUGGCCUAAUAGAACUUGCAUGCUUUCCGAACAGGUCAUGGUACCCAUUCUGAACUUUGUUGCCCUAAAAUGUGUUGCUGCACUGGAAAGAAAGACCCAGCUUGAGUUGGCAUGAUGGAUGAACAAUUAAUCCUCUUCCUUUUAUUACAGAGAUACAUUUUUUCUUUUAAUAUUGAAAGAUCUACUUAGCAAACUUUUCUCAAAGAAAAUAUUUUAAAUAAAUUUACCACAACCAAACUUUAUGUAAGAUAAUUUCAAGGUGUUUCAAAAACACAAACUCUACCAAUAUUGAAUUUUCACAGGGAACCAAGGAAGAGCACAUUUAAGGGUCUGGCACCCUUCCCUGGCUGAAUUAUAAGUCUUUCUAUUAAUUUCAGAUCUAAUUUAAUUUCAGAUCUAAAACAACCUUUCAGUAUCCCAAUAUCCUAGAUAUUGUUUUAGGAGUAUGGCAGACGACAAAUCUAAAAUGUGUGAAACUGUUCAUAGUUGAACUUUUUGUCAUUAAGGUAAAGAUGACCCUUGUGUAGUCAUAUUGUUUAAAAACAAAAACCUAAAAUAGAGGAAGACCAGAGAUUACAUACAGACAUCAUCUUCUAAAGCAGGAAACAAAUACUGCCUAAAAGUUAAGGUAGUUUGUGAAGAUCUGUCAGUAUAAUUCUCUUCCUCUCUAAAGGAAAACAAGCAAACAAACAAACAAACAAAAAAUGAUGAACAAGAUAAUUAGAGGUUACAAGUUCUUAAGAGUAGUUUCUAACAUUUAUUGUUCUGCUAUAUUAUUUCUAACGUGCUCUCUCACACAUUUUCUCACUUAAUCAGCAAGGGAGAUAUUACUGUCUCUAAUUUACAAGUGAGGAGAUUAAUCAGAAAGUUGAAGUGGUGGGACUGGGGAUUCAGGUCUUGAUUUUAAACAACCUUCUUUCAACUGUCCCCAUAUUGUCUCCUGAAAUGGUGAAAAAUUGAAGUCAAACCUCACCAAUCUGCAGUAAUCAGAAAAAAAGCCUAUUAGAAUUAGAAAGCACGAAAGAAGAACUUAAUAAGCUUCAAGAACACAUAAUAACUUGGAUUAGAGUUACCUAAGAGUGUUCACUGAUGUCCCUCCAGUGUCCACUGACAUGUUUUUAAUGUCAAGUUAUUUAUAUGUACAUGUUAUAUAUAACACUCUUUGAACAAGUUAUUUCUUACAUGCUUUAAGCAUUUUUCUUAUCUUGUUUAUAUCAUUUUUCAAAACAAACUUUCCUCCUAAGACAUAAAGUUGUGUUUAAACCCUGCCCCUGUAAGGGGUGCCUGGCUGCAACUGUUGAUCUUGGGAGUAGUUAAGUUUGAACCCAGCUUGGGUGUAGAGAUUACCUAAAAACAAAAAACAAAACAAAACAAAAAAACUUUAAAAUAAAAUAAACUCCUCCCCUUUAUGAAUUAUGAAACAUUCUAAAAGUACAGUUCAAUCAGAGAAGCAUUAUUUUAGUUCUGAAGUUAAAAUCUGAAUCCUGGAAAAAUCGACUUACUGAAGGUUGCUUCAGAUUAUUACACUUAAGCUUGAUAUAACUUAAUUUUGAUAGAGGCUCCAUGUAUUAUACCGUAUUUCUAAAUGUCUUGAUGUCCCUCAAAAUGAUACUUUCCAUUUUAUUUUUUCUCUUAAUUACUGAUUGUCCUUGAUACUGACUGGAGGGCUAAAAUGGUUAAUUUCUAAAACCUUUCUUACAAAUAGAUGAGUAACCAUUUGUUUUUGUUUUAUGGUACUUAAUGCUGAGACCUUUCCAAGAUUCCCCUGAUGGUAAAUUUCCAGUUGCUUCAAGACUAGAUGGCAUGCACCAAGUUUACUGUUCUCCCAACAUGACUGGUCCCAAAUCAGGAGUCUUCACAAUUAAACUGUAUCCAAAUGAGGGAGGGAAGCACUUGUCAUUCCUUAAUCUCACCAGAUGGUAACAUCUUUUAAAAUUGUUAUCUAAUGUUUAGUCCUUGGAGCCAAUAGGAAAAAUGAGUGAUUGGAGCUUUAUUCAUGAGAAUGAAGUAAUGCAUGUAUUAUGCUCUAACGCACUUUAGUCUGUGAUCUAAAUGUUCUCUUAACGCUUCUGCAUGCAAACAUCAGCAUGGAUGUCAGCCAAGUCCACGGAACACACUGCCACCAGCACCUGUACAGCCUUACCUGAAAUAAUGCUUUCUCGUUGUUUAUAACAAGCAUCAAGCUCUCCCACAAAACAGCUAUCAAGUUCAUCAGACUAGACAGCGUAUCUGUUCUACCAUUUUAGUAUCAUAAAAGAAGAACAUUUGUGACAUUUGUAAGCUGUAAAUAAUAACUCCAGUUAUCAUAUCAUAUGUAUCUAAGACAUUAGACACCGAUUCUUUCCUAGAGUGAGACUGUCCAUUAAUGGUUUCUGCGAAAACAAAAUUCUUUGGCUUUUAACUGUGGGAAAAUGUUACAUGGGGGUAUAAUCUGUUAAUAUAAGCUUUAUUUAUGCCAAGGAUUUUUUUUUUUAAUAUUAGCAAAAUAGUGGGAGUUCGUUAGAACAAAGUUUGCUCUUACAGUAAUGCUGCUUAUCAGCUUCUGAAUGCCCUUCUAACCCUGGUCCUCAAGAGUGUGUGGUGAUGGGAAGAAAUUUUGCAAAAUAAAACAACAUUGCAAUCAUGCCUAGCAGCUGCAGAAAACAAAAAGAACAAGAUCACUGUUUGAAGAGGUUUCUUUUGCCCAAGAAACCCUUUCUUCAAAAGAAUGGUUUCAGGGAGAAGCUCACCAUUUAAGGGAAAAACUCUAAAAUCAGAGCUACUCUAGUUAUAGCUUCCACUGAGCUUCACCAGACACCUCUGCAGAGCUCAGGAAGGCAGCGCUGGAAACCUUGGAACCGGGGAGCUUUUUGAAUUCCCUUUGAGCACUGGGCCCUCGAUUCAUUACCUCUAUUACUGUGCUUACAACCUGGUAAUCAGAGGGUCUCCUAGAGGAACAGAUCACAUCCGUAGUCUAUACAAUGAUCAUUCUAUAGUUAUCUUGUCUCAAGACUUUUUCGAAAAACAUAUUUUUCAACAAUGUAUUUUUGAGUAAUGGAAUCAAAACAUAGUAACUGCUUUUAUGCUACCAAGUUACUGCUUAAUGGAUGAAGAAAGUUUGGUGUGUCACUUAGUUCAGAGCUCAGAACUGAAUUCAUCAGAGUUAUUUUGCAAAGUCAUGCUAAGAUACAUUGAAAUUUCCACUCAUAUUGGAUAUAUAUAUAUA